AUGUCGAAUCCGUCGGUGGGGAGCGCCAACCCGUCUGCUUCGCUUCCCGCAUUGUGGGGCUAUAUCCUCCCGGCGCUCAACCACAUAGCCCGUUCCCCCACCAAUGACUUCGAAAAGGCGCCCGGUAUUGACAUUUCGUAUCGCAUGGGUAUCCACACCGCGACUUACGACUACUUCACUACACUGCGGGAUGGCACCCCUGGCACCUACCCAACAGCAACCGUGACCGCCAGCGGCAGGGAAAAGCAGAUGGUGAGGGGAGCGGACCUGUACAUGCACUUGGACCAGUUUUUCGCAGAUCUCGUGCGCGAACUGCACCUUGGUGCACCGGAGGAUGAUACGACGUUGAUUCAGUAUCUCGUUCCAUGUUUCAAGCGCUACACUGUUAGCGCACAUUCUAUCAACCGUCUUCUCAACUACGUGAACAGGCACUACGUGAAACGAGCUGUGGACGAAGACAAAGGAUGGCUAACGCUUGGUGAUAUGCUCGACACAGUCGCCAAGUCAAUUCAGGACGGGGGUGGUGUUACGCGAGAGGAAAUUUUGAAAAAACUCAAGAGGAAGCGUAUGCAGGAAAUCAAGAAGUGGGGAUAUCAGGAUGGCGGAUCGCCCGAGCAACUUGCACUGGCGGAGUUAUGUGCCGAGGCAGCAAGUCCCUUGGACCGCGUCGUCACGAUAGAAGCGUUGGCAUUGCGACGGUUCCGAACUGAGUUCGUCGAGCCCUUGUUGGCUGCCCCAAAAACGAAGAGGAGGAAGAGAGCAGGAGCGCCGUCCGUCACCAAACCCAAGAUGGGCCGUCCCGAAGGUCGGCUAGUUCGUGCUGUACAAAAAGUUUUGGAAGUGCAAGGGGUGGAUCAAGUGACACGGCGAGGUCUGGCCUCAGAUCUUGACGAGAUGUUACUCGCUGUGGGAGCGCACAACACCCAUUCGCUGCGAAAGAAACUGAAAACUCUGGCAAGAGAUCUUCCUUCAUGA